UGUGCAAGUCGCAGCACCAGACACAGCCCAGACGCGACAGCGCUCUUAAUAACAAUGAUGCAAGCGCUGCCGAACCCUGGCGUCUCGAAAGACGACGAGGAGUACUUCAUGCGCAAUACUAAGCGUGGUUUGGCUCUCGUCUUCAACCAUUAUGAGUUCUCCAUCCGUGAGUUCAAAGACGGCGAGUUGUACAGGCCGCCGAGAAGGGAAGGAACCAGCCGAGACAAAGACGCAGUCUUGAAGACUUUCAGGAAACUCGGCUUCGAAAUCAAACCUCACGACGAUAAGCGUUACGAGGAAAUAAAGGAGAUACUGGCAGAAGCGGCUCAACAGGACCACAGCGAGCACGACUGCCUGGCGGUGAUCGUGCUGACGCACGGCGAGCGCGGCGGCAGGCUGGAUGCGAAGGACAGGGACUACGACGCCAGGAGGCUGUGGGAGCCCUUCAUAGCCACCAGCUGUCCCACUCUCGCUGGCAAGCCCAAGCUCUUCUUCAUUCAGGCGUGCAAAGGUCGAACCAGGGACCCUGGCGCCAUUGUCCGAAACUGCAUCGGUGACUCAACAGAUGCUGCUGCAGUUAUCCCAGCCAGCUUCCAGGUGCCAUCGUUCGCUGACUUCCUCAUCGCCUACUCCACAUUCGAAGGUCUGUACUCCUUCCGCCAUCCCACUAAAGGCUCGUGGUUCAUCCAGACGCUGUGUACUCAGCUGGGAAAGCACGCGGGCGACAAGGACGUUGUGUCACUGCUAACCGACGUGAACCGCAUCGUGGGCCAGGAGUUCCGCUCCAGCGACCCGUCCGAGCCGUGUAUGGACGGCUUGGUGCAGGGCCCCUGCUUCAUCUCCUCCCUCACACGCCGGGUACACCUGUGGCCGCCUGUUGCAGCUGCCCCGGACGCCUUGCCUAAUGUGGAAUAACUCCAACUUCCAUCUUUUCUUUCAUCUGAUUUUCUUGGAACUAAGUCUUUAACUUAAAUAAAACCUUCUGAUUAUAU